CCUGUACCGUAAAUACACAAGUAAAUGCGCAAGAAGAUUCGGACCGCGGAUCAGCUGAUACCUGUCAACAUGUCGUAGUGGACCGGGUCUAACGGGGACUAAAUAGGUCUAACGGGGUCUAUCCAGGUCUAAACAGGUCUAACGGGGUCUAACGGGGUCUAUCCGGAGAAUGGAGGCGUUCAGUAAGCUAACCAGCAUGCUGCUACAUGCACUGGAGACGAGGGAGCCUACAGUUGAUCUGCUUGAGUCCUUUGUGGAUCACUGGAAAUCAAUAACUAAUUAUUACAUUGAGACAAGAGAGGACGAUCGUCCUGUCAAACAGACGGACAUCCCCUGGCAUCUCAGACAGAUGUUGGACAUCCUGGUUUAUGAGGACAAACAGCAGGCUGUGGAGGACACAGGACCCUGUGUGGAGUAUCUGUUGCAACACAAACUGCUGGAGACUCUUUGUACACUGGGGAAGGCCCAGUUUCCUCCAGGGAUGUUCCAGCAGGUGCUGCUGUUCUUCUCAAAGCUCUUGUCUCAGAUGCAGAAGCCACUGCUGCAGCUUCUGAAUGUCUACAGACCUGUUCAGAAGCUGAUUCGCCUCUGUGCACUUCCUGGUUCCAACACUGAGAAGGAGGAAGCUCAGUUCCUAUUGGUCGUAUGUUCCAGAGUCAAGCAGGAUCCGCACACGCUCAGUUACGUCUUGGAGCUCGCGUACCAAACAAUGGCCAGGACACCUACCUCCGACCAAUCACAGUACAGCAUCCAGGCGUCCAAUCACAGCACAGAUCCAGCACAACCCUCCAGCCAGUCAGAUUGUUCCAACGUCGGCCCCGUCCAAUCAGAGAGCGCCCUGCUGUCAGCACUGAUGCAGCUCACGAAGAGUCAAAAGGCUUCGGCCUCUCUCAAGGCCUACGAGAGCCUCCUCCUGCUGUGUGGAUCCUUCGGGGAGCUCCUGAGUUCUCGUACCCAGCUGGGAGAGCUGUUGGCUGGCAGGCUGCUGGAGCUCUACUCCCUGGUCCCUCUGGAGAGUCUGGACCCUGAAGAGGUUCAGAGAUGGCCCCAGACCCCAUGGAGCUCUCAGUUUUCACGUAGCGGUGCCGACUCAUCGUCUCCAGAUCACAUGACCAACUUCUUCUCCUGGCUGGACUUCCUGGAUCACCUGGUGACAGAAUCCCCCCAGGUGUUAGCGCUGCAGGUAGCCAGGUGUGUCCAUCAGCUGUGGCUGGUGGAGGUUCUUCAGCCUCAGCUACUGCACACGUGUGAGCAGGUGAUCUUGGGGUCCACCUCCGUCCUCUGUGCCACUGUCAGACUGGUCCGGUCCCAGUCUCUGCUGGAUCAGCUGGUCCACUUCCUGUUGAGGACGGAGACUCUGAGUCAGCUGCUGCUGCAACGCUGCGACCACAUCUCUGACCAGAUUAGUGUGGCGUCCCUGUCUCUGGUGGACGAGUUGCUACAGAAGCCUCACGGGGACAUCCUGGACGUCUUGGUGUUGAGUUUUCUGCAGAGGCGGAGUUACCUGUGUCCCCCCGGACAGGAGGACCGUCCCCCUGAGAGGAGGGAGGAGGACGAGGACAGCGAAGACCUAGAGGAGGACCCCUUCUUCUCUGACAGUUUCUCAGAGCCGCCCCCCCUCCUCCCCCGUCCUCCCCCCUCUGGACUGGGCUCAGCUGACGUUGUCAACAGUUUCCUGUGUCUGGUUCCGGUCCAGGUCCGAUCAGCUGAUCUGCUGAAGGAAGGAGGAUACGAGUCGUACGUCCACGACGCCCACACUCUGGUGACUCAGUGUCAGACUCUCUCUCGGUCCUGGAAGUGGCCCCUCAGCCUUCCUCCCUCCUCGCCCCCCUCCUCCCCCCCAGGUGAGGAGUCGGGGUUCUUUGAAGGCCACCUCCUGAAGGUUCUCUUUGACCGGCUGGGACGUAUCUUGGAGCAGCCGUAUGAGUUGAACCUGCAGCUGACGGCGGUCCUGUCCCGGUUGUCCUCCUUCAGCCACCCCCUGAUCCAUGAGUACCUGCUGGACCCCUAUGUCCACCUGUCCCCCUGCUCCAGGUCUCUGUUCUCCGUCCUCAUCAGGUUGAUGACGUAGCUCCUGAGGCUAACGGCUCACCUGAGGCUUACAGCACACCUGAGGCUAACGGCUCACCUGAGGCUAACAGCUCACCUGAGGCUAACAGCUCACCUGAGGCUAACAGCUCACCUGAGGCUAAGAGCACACCUGAGGCUAACGGCUCACCUGAGGCUUACAGCACACCUGAGGCUAACGGCUCACCUGAGGCUAACGGCUCACCUGAGGCUAACAGCUCACCUGAGGCUAAGAGCACACCUGAGGCUAACGGCUCACCUGAGGCUUACAGCACACCUGAGGCUAACGGCUCACCUGAGGCUAACAGCUCACCUGAGGCUAACAGCUCACCUGAGGCUAAGAGCACACCUGAGGCUAACGGCUCACCUGAGGCUAACAGCUCACCUGGACACAACACAAUGACCAGAGCAGCAAAUGUGGUAGAUUAGGGGGACCAGACGUCUCCGAAUUCUGGGGACAGUCCCUGUUCUGGAUGACCUGUCCCUCGGCUAAAGCAGAUUUUAGUGUUUUAUGAAUGAGAACUAGAUGUUUCCCGCAGACUCGGUCACAUCAGUUUAAAUAAAUUUGUCAAACUAAAUGAAACUGUC